CAGCCCGGUUUCCAGUUUCAGCUGAGCUUUAAGGGGCUAGAAAAAUCUGGUAUUCACACAAAGAUGCGCCUGUCUUCUCCAACGGGACAAAUGCUCCACAAUCGCUUCCUCUCGAGCUUGAGCUUCAUGCUCGCCUAGCUGCUGCCACGCAGAUCUUUAAAUGGCUCGGUGGCUACCCUUCUUCGCACACUUCCGGCUUUACUUAUCCAGCUUUGAAUCCUGAGUCACAAGCAGAAGCACGAUCGUACGGAUCUGAGAUCCAAAUCCUCAGAGAUCUGCCGCAACUGAAGAUAAUCGACGAGUUCUAAUUCUCCCGAAUGCUUACCUUCUCACAGGAUCCUUUCCGAUGCUGCUUCACCAGAGAAACUCUUUGCUGAGAUCUAAUACCUCACCUCUUUCCGAUUCUCAAAUGCUCACUUUCUCUUCUCCCAAAUCCGAGUCUCAGUUAACGGACAAGGCCUCCCCGAAUGCCGCAUUGCCCUUUUCUUAUCACCAACUAGCUGGUUACACCAGGAAUACAGGUUACGGUUCUGGAGGCAUGCACGGGGUUUUAACAACCAGAGGGCCAUUUACUCCGUCCCAGUGGAUGGAGCUGGAACACCAGGCCUUGAUCUACAAGUAUAUAACUGCAAAUAUGGCCGUACCUUCUGAUCUCCUCAUCCCUAUCAGAAAAGCUCUCGAUUCUGCUGGCUUCAGUAACUUUUCCAACGGAUUUCUGAGAUCCAAUACACUGGGAUGGGGAGGUUUCCAUCUGGGAUUCUCGAGCAACACUGAUCCUGAACCGGGAAGGUGUAGGAGAACAGAUGGGAAGAAAUGGCGGUGCUCCAGAGAUGCCGUUGUGGACCAGAAGUAUUGUGAGCGCCACAUGAACAGAGGCCGCCAUCGUUCAAGAAAGCCUGUGGAAGGCCAAUCAGGCCAUGCCGUCUCUGGCGCCACCACUACCAAUAAUUCCUCAAAGCUCAUCCCUAAUGCUUCAUCCUCUGCCUCAGUGGUGGUGCCAGGCAACUCCGCGUCCAAUACCCUUUCCUUUGCCCAUCAUCAAUCCAAGAAUUUGCAGACUCUUUCAUCUCAUACUUCUGCUCCAACCAACAUCGACAGAAUGUUUAUGAACGGCAAGGAGAAUUCUAGUGAAAGAGCGCAGGACGGUUCUGCUCUUCCAAUGCUGCCUCCCACCCUUGAUUUGAAGCCCAAGGAAAACCCUUUUAUGAUACAAAAGGAGCAAAUCCCGUACGAAGAAUCGUCAAGGAAUGAGUUUGGGCUUGUCACUUCUGAUUCCCUACUUAACCCUUCUCAUAAAAGCUUUGGUUCUUCACAAAACCCCUCUUACAGAGACACAGAGUCACAACAAUCCCUUCGGCAUUUCAUGGAUGACUGGCCCAAGCUUGACAUGCAAUCAGAUAGGACCCAGCUUUCGAUAUCUAUCCCCAUGGCCUCCUCAAAUUUCAUGUCAUCCACUUCCUCUCCCACCAAUGAAAAAGUCACAUUGUCACCUCUUCGACUAUCAAGGGAGCUAGAUCCAAUUCAAAUGGGUUUGGGGGUGGGAAUUGGUCUGAACGAAUCAAGCAAUAGGCAGGCAAAUUGGAUUCCAAUUGCUUGGGAAAGUUCUAUGGGAGGUCCUCUUGGUGAAGUUCUUCAUCUUAGUAACAAUACAAGUGAUUGCUCCAAGAACUCAUCUGCUCUUAACCUCAUGACAGAUGGGUGGGAUAAGAGUUCUUCAAUAGGUUCAUCUCCUACGGGGGUUUUGCAUAAGACAGCGUUUGGAUCUGUUUCCAAUAGCAACUCAGGGAGCAGUCCACAGGCUGAGAAUAAUAAAGGACUCGAAGGGGCCAGCUUGUGCAAUGACCUGCUUGGUUCCACCCUCGGCAAUUCCUCCUCUUUGCCCAACCUGUAACUCUAUCCUUCCCACAAACAAGCCCUUCUGGCUGCCAUGAAGGAGAGGGAUUUUUAUCUAUUCUGGCUUGAUUAUCACUUUAAAUUUCCCUUAAAAUUGUGUAAACCCUGAAUUUGCAGAAUCUGGUUUUACCAGAUCGGGCUUAUAGUUUGGAUAUUUAUGUUUUGCUUGA